AUGCAAAUCUUCGUAAAAACUCUUACUGGCAAAACUAUUACACUUGAAGUCGAACCAAGUGAUACUAUCGAAAAUGUUAAAGCUAAGAUCCAAGACAAGGAAGGUAUUCCACCUGAUCAACAACGUCUCAUUUUUGCCGGCAAACAACUUGAAGAUGGUCGAACAUUAAGUGAUUACAAUAUUCAAAAAGAAAGUACACUUCAUCUCGUACUUCGAUUACGUGGUGGUAUGCAAAUCUUCGUGAAAACACUCACCGGCAAAACUAUUACACUUGAAGUCGAACCAAGUGACACAAUCGAAAAUGUCAAAGCAAAGAUCCAAGACAAGGAAGGUAUUCCACCUGAUCAACAACGUCUUAUCUUCGCCGGUAAACAACUUGAAGACGGUCGAACACUCAGUGAUUACAAUAUUCAAAAAGAAAGUACUCUUCACUUAGUUCUUCGAUUACGUGGUGGUAUGCAGAUUUUUGUUAAAACUCUCACCGGCAAAACAAUUACACUCGAAGUUGAACCAAGUGAUACUAUCGAAAAUGUAAAAGCUAAGAUCCAAGAUAAAGAAGGUAUUCCACCUGAUCAACAACGUCUCAUUUUUGCCGGCAAACAACUUGAAGAUGGACGAACAUUAAGUGAUUACAAUAUUCAAAAAGAAAGUACACUUCAUCUUGUACUUCGAUUACGUGGUGGUGAUGAUCAAUAA